ACAGAUGUUUACCAAGAUUGUCUAGUCUAGGAGCAGAAGCGAUGGCAGGUGGACGCAGUUUCCAACACCUGCAGAAGGUGGCUCUAGAAGCUCUCUCAAACAUCACUAUAGAACCCAUAUUGUUUCUUCAUUAUACCGCAUAUUAUACACAAUUGGUAAUUAGAGACAACCUGAAGUUAGAGCGGUUCUGUCGUGUGACGCUGAAGUAUCCGGCCGAGGAGUGCGCCCAGAUGAACGACGGACACCACACAGACUUGCAAGUGAAGGUCCAGAAGCUGGACAGUGUCUUCACUUUUUACGAGAAAUUAGCGGGCACAAUCAUCCCAAUCUUGCUGCUAUCCUUUAUCGCCUCCUGGAGCGACAAGCGAGGACGUCGUGUCCCCAUACUUCUAUCAUUACUUGGAGAAGUAUUAUAUAGCAUCAUCUACCUCCUGGAGGCUUUCUUCACGUCCUGGUCACCGUACGUUCUCCUGCUGGCAUACUUCAUUGAGAGUAUCGGUGGAGGUUUAAGGAUGUUCACUAUGGCUUCCUAUAGUUACAUGGCAGACAACACCAGCCGGCAGUCCAGAACUGCUCGCAUGACCAUCAUGAAUAUUUUUUGGCAUCUUGGGUGUUCAAUUGGCACUGUUAUGGGGGCCUGGUUCUUUGACAUUGGAGGAUACGUUCCAGUCUUCAGUACGUCUCUCCUUUUCUACAGUAUCGCACUUGUUGUGGCCUUUUUCAUAGUCAAAGAUAAACAACUUGAAAAGAACGAGACGGAGAAUGACACAGAGAUGGAGACAAGUCCCUGGAACCCAAAGAAUGUCAUCAGUUUAUUACGUGUUGCCACCAGGAAGAGACCUGGCCGGACGCGGCUGCAUCUUCUGCUUCUGUUGGUGUUCAUGCUUUGCUACAUCAGCUCCGUGCCUCACAACAUGUACCUGUGGACCCGAAUAGUGUUCCAGUGGGACCAGGACCAGUACAGUCUGUACUACACCGCCAGCAUGAUCACUGAAAUUUUGGUCAUGCUGAUAGCUACGCUCAUUUUGCAAAGAUACACUAUUCACGACUGUGUGAUUGGCGCAGGAACAGCUCUUCUGAUUUUCUUGAAAGACUUGAGUUUUGGACUAGUUGGUGCCGCUAGCCAGUGGUGGGUUGUGUUAAUCUUCCUCGUUGUGCCAUCAAUACUUCCCCCCGUAGCUAUCAGGAGUCAGAUAACUAAGCUGUGUGACGAUACAGAAGUGGGAAGAUACUUCUCAUUGAUGGCCAUCCUCGAGGUGUUAUGGCCCGUAGUGGACGGAGCCAUCUACUCAGCCGUCUACACCUACACUAUCGCCUUCUAUCCUUCUUACGAACACCUCGUUGCGGCCGCCUUCGCCCUUUGUCUUCUGAGCGGUCUCCUGGGCCUCAGGUUAUACGUGGACAGUGCUAAAGGGCGGCCUCCACCACCUGUCUUGCCCGAGGGCCGGCUGGGUACGAAGGGUCUGGCCACAGAAACUUACCCAUCCCGAUCGGUCCAGCUGGAUGGAGUCCAAGCCAAUCAUUCCAACCGUUCCAGUUGGAGUUCCACUCCACCAUCUUGACCGGCUCUAGCCCACGUGCUAGAGCCGGUCAAGCUCAGCUCUAGCUUCAAAUGCCCACUUGGGGACAUUCACCCCGAAAGAUAUUAGUAUAUAGGUAAGACAACAUCGUCUCUCUCUCUCUAGGCUAUUAACAAUGCAUCUUCAUGAUCCAGAUGGUUCAACCAUCUGGGGUUUCAGUGCAACAGAGAUGAGUUGUUCAAUUUAAACCCUGUUAGUAAACUUAGUGAACUGGCGUAGGAAUACCCCCCCCCCCUCCAACCUUGUGGUGAGGAGAGGGAGGACAAGGUAGUGUGGACAAGGUCAACGACUCCAGAAGGUGACCCACUCUCCACCUCUCCCAGAGACCAGCACUACAUCAGCUGGUCACCAUAAGAUGUAUACUUGCUAUACUUUGGUAUAGGGAAUUAGUUCAUCUCAUAGCCUUAAGCCAGGUAGUGUUAAUGAUAGGGA